UGAUCAUUAAAUUUUGAAUUAAAUGAUAGAAAGUUUUACCCAGCUAAGGCUAUCAAAGCUGAUAUGUGUGUUUUAUUGCUACUUCUCUCACUGUAUUUGUCGAGUAAUACGUAAUAUGGAGAGAGACUAAUCCCUGGGAUACAUUAAGGUCAGCGUGUGCAAUGUUGCCCCAGUCAACAACAUCAGGCUGAUAUCCAGGAUGAACAAGUUUCAUCCUGGAUACCAGCCUCCUCUGUACUCCAUAAAACAGACCACAGACACCUGGCCUUGUCAGACUGUCUGCAGACUCCAGAAAGGUAAGUCAGGCUCAUUUACUCCAACAAUAACCAGAAAACGAUUUAACCUUAUCCAAAUGUUGUUUAAUUUUGUCAUACCUAGCUUUGGCUUCAGAUAAUUCUUGGAAUAAAUGUCUUGAUAUAUAAUGGUAUUAUUAAUCUGUACUUGAAAAAAUAAAAUAAAAUCUGUGUAAUGAAUAAUGACGACUAGCAGAGGUUAGUGCAACUGGUGCCACUUGAGACAAAGGUUUAUUUAAAGGAAUCAACAGGUUGUUAUUUAUUACAUGGUAAACAAAUCAUUUCUCUACUCAAGUCUGCAACCAUCUGUGUUAGAGAAAUAACUCUGAAAACCUGUGGGCAAAGAGGCGUCCAGAAAAUUGGGGGUCAAAUUAAAUUAUUAAUAAAAGCGAGGAGUUUUAGCAGGCCAUGGAGCAGACCAAAAUGAAUACUGAUGUCUUUUUAUGGCCUACAAAAGCAAACAACAAAAAAAGAGUUUGUUUAUACGUGUUCAUUUUUAGACAAAGUGGAAGAUGCCUUUUCCCCACAUGUUCAUAAAUGGUUGAUUGGUGCUAUAUUUAAUCAUUUAGUGAAUGCAGCGCUAGGUCUUUGUCAAGGAACAUCAAUCACACAGAUAUAAUGGUCAUUAAACAGGGUCCUCUUGCCAAAAACCAAAAUUUCCUCCCAGGAGCUUUAUAAAAUGACUUCCUUUGUCUCCUGCAGGAUGAUUGCAGCUCAGGUCAGCAGUGUGAUGUCUCUCUUGAUGUUGAAUUUGUUUCUUGGAGCCUCAUUUUCCAGUUGGCCCCUAAAUCCAGCAGGUAAAUUGAACAUUCAAACAGUGACAUUAACAGAAAUGCUGCAUGGAAAUUUAAUUUUCAGGUGUUUCAAAAAAAGUUCAAAACUAAAUGCUUUGGUAAAACAGUCAUCUUGUCUCCCCUGGAAAGUUAGACAAAAGGUGAGUGUUUACAGUAUGUUCAGACCUUCAUCAUACACAGUUACCUUUGACCUUUACUUGCUGUUUGACCUUGACACAGAGGUAUUUAAUCAAAGAUUUUCACCCUGACCUCGAAGCCAACAUCAAUAUAUGUUGUCUUCAGAAACUUAAGAAACUUAAGCCAGUCAAAGGGUUUAGUUUCAGAGAGAGGGCGGCUUUUCUGAUGUGUCCUUUCCUCAGUGGAAACAGGGAUUAAGUCUAAUGAAGUGGGAAAGGAUCCUAUAGAAAAAGCUGCGAUACAGGCUUGGGGAAUAAUGGCCCACCGUGCAAAGUGACCUAUGAGAACAGAAUUAUGGGAGUCAGACAACAAACUUAAAAUAUGUGUCUGCCAGCUGUUUCUGUAACAUCUGACUUUUUUGCAUUAAGUGUUUUUGGAUUCAGGGUUAAUUAAUCUUCAUAUGAUCGUGUCAUACAGUCCAUACAUGCUAUGUAGAGUGCUUUAGAAGCAAACCUAAAGAGUUUUUCAUCUUGACAGCAUUGUUGUCUGUUUUAACCCAUGUACUGUACAUCUUUCCUUGGGAUUCCUUUGGUAAAUAAAACAAAGGGGUGGGAUGUUGAAAUGAUAGAAACCUCAAACUUCUCAUUUUUUCCUCAUUCCUACCUAAUAUUCUUUUUUUAUGUUCUUAUCUUUCAAAAGCUAACCAAACAGAUAUAGCCCAUGUGUUUGAUGGGACAAUACAGGAACCUUAUUUAUAAGCAGAAGUUUCAAUCAUACCUUUCUGGCAAUCAGACAUGAUACUGCACUCUCCAUGGAAGUAUUUUGCAAUAACUGAAGUCACCUCUUAAUGACACUUACUAAAAAAAGAAAAGAAGAUGUACGUUUUGGUGAACAUUUCACAAGUCUUUAGUGACAGCCACAGCUGAUGAGAAUCUUUGGUAUAUAAGCCGGAUGUUUAGAUGAUUUUCUACAUUAUUUGCUGAGAAUGUCCCUUAACACCUAGAUGUGGUAAACAUUUCAGAAGAUGAUUUAAAUGUGUUCAACAGACACCAGAGUAUUUUGGCAGGAUGGUUGAGUUUUUAGAUUUUCCCUGAAAGCAUGAACAAUUUCCUAUCCUUUCACUAGUGGCCUUCCAGCUGCCGCCAUGCCAGCCCAUCAACCAGACUGUGUCUCUGGAGAAGGAGGGCUGUCCCAGGUGCCAUCCAGCGGAGACCACUAUCUGCAGUGGGCAUUGCAUCACCAAGGUAUUGUGGGCAAGCCUCUUCUCUAGACUUUUGGGGUGCUGCUCAUGAACAGUCCUGCUAAGGUUGGAAGUUUUUAAGGUUCUGACCUGUUUACAUUAGAUCAGAUCAAAUUAGAUUAGAUAGAACUUUAUUGAUCCUUUUGAGUCCCUCAAGAAAAGAAAAUUAAAUGUGCAAUUUGCAGUAAUUUUGUGUGUGUUUAUUUAUUUGUUUAUUUAUUGACAUACCCGGUUCAGGUUUAAAAUAUUUGAGCAAAUUUUCAAACAUCUCAUUCAGAUGUGCUGUAUUGUAUCUAUUGUGUAGGACAAUGGCAGCAUGGCUUUAUUUUCCAGUAAUGCACUUUUUGUUCCCUUCUAGGACCCUGUCGUCAAGACACCAUUCAGAAAUGUUUAUCAGCAUGUGUGCACGUACAGGGAAUUCUUCUACAAGACAUUUGAGCUUCCUGACUGUCUCCCAGGUGUAGACCCGACUAUCACCUACCCUGUGGCUUUAAGUUGUCACUGCGGCCGCUGUGCCAUGGAUACAUCCGACUGCGCCUUUGAAAGCUUGCACCCUAACUUCUGCAUGAAUGACAUCCCUUUCUACUUUUAGUCUCCUGUAAUUGAAUUGUGCAGCAUCCUAAAUGCAUCACACGUAAGGAAACUAUGGUUACUUUUGGCAUUUAUCAACUUUACUGUAAUAAAGCUAGUAACAAUUACUACUGCAGUACAGUAUCUAUUUUUCAUGCAUUUAAAGAAGAGAAAAAUACAGACUAAAAAUGACUUCAGACAGAGAUUGUUUAAAAAAAAAAAACCCUGUCACUAAAGUUCCUUCCUAAUUUAUCAAGAACUGUGAGUAUGUCUUUCUUAUUAAGUUACACAAUGCUUGAGGAUCUUAUCAGUUCCUGAGAACAUAGUUGUAAACAAAAACAGCUUUCACUUCAGGUCAAAGUUCAGGUCAGGACACACUUUAAUCAAAAAAUUCAAAUAAAGUUGACUGAAU